CGUUAAUGGGGAAAUUCCCUAGUUUCCCGAUAACCCCUCCUGUUUUCGUAUAACCCUCGUAGAAUGAUCCUUGGAGGAGCCCCCCCGUCACGGCUCUCCGUAGCUGGUAAUCCUCGCGGCUGGUUUUCCUUUACUGGCUCCAGCAGAGAAAGAGUUUCAUUCCAGGAACUCGUACAUAAAAAAAAAAAAAUCCACUCUCCGCAUCUUCAACGAAUUGACUUCCUUCCUCCGAUUGUUUUGACAAAGCUCGUUACACGGGACUGUAAAGCAGCCCGAGCGCGCCCGCCACCCUCUCGCCCCGCUCCGCGCUCCGCUUUCCGAUGGAGAAGUCCUUCUUCUGGAUCGCUGCAGCCGUCGCGCUCGUCAGCAUCUGCCGAGUCCAUGCGUCGCUACCGGUUCCCGUCCUGACAUUGGAAGACAACAUCAUGGAAGGUGAGGAGGCCGAGUUCUCCUGCACUUUACUAUAUAACGAAAGUUCUGAGGUGGAUUUAGAGAUUCUAACGAGCUCGGGAGAACCUUUUAAAGACUGUCAGCAGCAAUCAAAACCCUUUCCAAAGGUGACCUGCAACCCAGAGGUUACUAAGGAGUUCCACAAUACGGAGGUAACUUGUGAGGCUCGCCUAUCAAUCAGGAGCAAGCCAAAAACCAUAUUUGUUAGAUCCGAGCCAGCUUUUACCGACUGCCCGCAAGAGGUCACUUGGGUAGAAGGAGAAAAAAAGUCCUUUCACUGCAAGGCUGGCGGCUACCCGCCCCCCACGGUGACCUGCUCGAUGGACAAAGUCACAUACAAAGAAGGCGACACGUUUACAGUGAGCAGAAACAUGUCCGGCAGAUACACCUGCAGAGCCAGCAGCUUCGACGUCAUUACCACCAAAGUGACAGUGAGCGUGGAGUUCAAGCCCAAAGUAUUGGGCAUUAAAGGGCUGUCAGACCUGGCAGUGGCUGAAGGGGAGAACGUGACUUUGGUUUGUGAAGCAGACGGCCUCCCAUCUCCAACCUACAGCUGGGACACCCCGACGCCCGCCGUGGAGAUAUCUGCCGACCACCGCACCGUUGCCAUCGGAAACAUGGAGGCCAAACACAAAGGAGAAUACAUCUGCAAAGUUCAAAACAUACACGGGAAUGACGCGACGAGUCUGACGCUCACCGUGCCAGGAUCCAGCAAGGGAGAAAAGCCGACGGCGUUUUACGGCUUCGCAAUUUCCGCUCUAAUAGUUUUGUAUCUGAUUCCUUUGCUUCUUUGAUUUCGGUUUCUUUGCUAUGCUUUGCUUUUUUUUAUGUUUAUAUAUUUUUUAUUGCCAACUACUGAAAAAAAAACCCCCAAGUGUGUACAUUGGAUACAGAUUUAAAUUAAAAUAUUGUAGAACCGAGCAAA